AAAUUGGAAUCAAAAUGUGCAAUUUGUUUAGGAGUCGGAGAUGGCUUUCACUUUGGAGCCGAGGCUUGCAAAGCCUGCACCGCAUUUUUCCGAAGAUGUAUACAGUUGAAGAAAACUUUCCAGUGUCGAGGGAAUGCCAACUGUGAUGUGACCAUGGGGGUUCGUUGCAUUUGUCGUGCGUGUCGAUUCUCAAAAUGCCUUCAAGCUGGAAUGAAUCCAAUGGGUGUUCAACUAAAAACCGACUCCAAUACAGAGGACGUCCCGGCAUGUUCAAAUUCUCAACUCUCACUUUCACCUGUCCUCCCUGAGUCUUACAAAGAUUCCAUGCCUCUUCUAUCAAAAAUGAGAGCCAAUUAUGAAAAACUAUUGAGUGCCAGACGUGUCAUACAUAACAAGAACGGCCAAAAUUUGUUUAAAGAGCAAGUUGCGGUGCCGUCAACUUAUAAAGAAGCAGUGGAUGAGGGAAGUCAAGGCGUUUCUUUGACAGCUGAUUGGAUUGCUUGCUGUUUUGAUGACUUCGCAAUGCUUCCCAUAGAUCAGAAACACAUUCUGUUCCGCAACUUCUAUACACCAUUUUUCAUAUUGGAAAGCGCAUUUUCUAGUCAUUCAAAGAAUCGACCUGAUAUUUACAUCUUUCCAUCUGGAAACUACGCAGAUAUGAGCGAUUUGAAAUCGUUUUAUAAGGAUGUUGAGGUUAAUCAAAAACUGACGAAGGAACAGUUUUUAGAAUUUUUGAAGCCAACUUUCGAAACUCACCGCCGAACCCUUGUCCAACCAAUGAUGUUAGAGAAUCUGGAUAUUUUAGAAUUUUUCGCCUUAACUAAUUUUAUUCUCUGGAACACCACUCUCGCGGAAAUCACAGAAGAAUGUUCUAAAAUCGGAAAAUCGAUAAAGGAUCAAAUAGUUAAAGAACUGUCGUUCUAUAUGAGAAAUUUCAAAAACAUCGAGGACCCAGCUGUCCGUGUAGCCGGAAUUAUGAGUCUUUUACCUGAUUUGUAUAAAAAUACGAAAAAGAUGCAAGAUGAUUUGGAGAUGAUUAAAGUGUUUGAAUAUUUUAAUUCACCCAAACAAAUAUAUGAUUUGGCCCAUGGCAAUUUUUGA